AUGUCUCAAGAGCAAAUGACUCUGAGGGGUACCCUCCAGGGACACGAAGGAUGGGUUACCCAAAUUGCUACUUCAGCACAGUGCCCUGACAUGAUUUUGUCAGCCUCUAGAGAUCACAGUCUCAUCAUGUGGAAGCUGACCCGUGACGAGACAAAUUAUGGAGUUCCCCAGAAAUGUCUGAAAGGACACAAUCACUUUGUCUCUGACGUUGUGAUGUCAUCAGAUGGCCAGUUCGCCCUGUCUGGUUCUUGGGAUAAUACCCUUAGGCUUUGGGAUCUGAGCACUGGAUUGACCACUCGUCGCUUUGUUGGACACACUAAAGAUGUCCUCAGUGUUGCAUUCUCUGCUGACAACCGUCAGAUCGUAUCUGGAUCCAGAGAUAAGACCAUCAAGCUGUGGAACACUCUAGGAGUCUGCAAAUACACCAUCCAGGAUGAAAGCCAUAGUGAGUGGGUGUCAUGUGUCCGAUUCUCCCCCAACACAAUCGUGCCAGUUAUUGUUUCCUGUGGAUGGGAUAAACUGGUUAAGGUGUGGAACCUGACCAACUGCAAGCUCAAGACCAACCACAUUGGACACACUGGAUACCUAAACAAUGUGACAGUCUCCCCAGAUGGCUCUCUAUGUGCCUCAGGUGGCAAAGAUGGUCUGGCCAUUCUGUGGGACUUGAAUGAGGGCAAACAUCUAUACACCCUGGAUGGUGGCAAUGAAAUCAACGCUCUUACCUUCAGCCCCAAUAGAUACUGGCUCUGUGCUGCCUCUGGCUCAAGCAUCAAAGUCUGGGAUCUUGAAGGCAAAACUGUAGUAGAUGAGCUGAAGCAUGAAGUAAUCAGCACAGCAACCAAGGUAGCCCCACAAUGCACCAGUCUCGCCUGGUCAGCUGAUGGACAGACUCUAUUCGCUGGGUACACAGAUAACCUUAUUAGAGUGUGGCAGGUCACACUUGCCCAGUCCAGGUAGUGGAGGACUCUGAAGAUAUGAACUUUUAAAUAAUGUGAAAAAAUGAAUAAGAAGCUUUCAUGUACAAACAGUACAACUGUGGCUGAUACCCAAUAAAUUAUAUUGGAAGUGGAUUUAGUUUUUUGUGUUUGAUGGUGCUCAAGGUAAAUGAAUCGAGGAGAGUCUUAAGCCUUACUGGAGUCAUCGUAAAUAAAACAGGUGAACCUUGUGUAAAACAUCCCUAAUGGCCGGACAGAUCCUCUGAGCUACUGUAAUCGCCAAUUUGUCUGUUCUUCAGUCUGUCAACAAAUAGAUUGCACUGUGUAUGUGUUUUGGUGUUACUUUUAAAAUGUGUCUUUAUAAAGUCUUCGGAUGUCUGGGGCCGUGAACUCAUACGAUCUGUGAUCCGAUGAUAGAUUUCAUCAUGGUUAUGAUGCAUUGUGGGAUUAAUCUUGGAAUUUAUCCGAACAUUGGUGAAUUUGUACGAUCUUUAGGAUAAAUUUUAUCCAAAUCUCA